AUGAAUAUCAUCAAGAAAAUUAUGGAUUCUGGCGCGAAACCUGAACUUGUAUCCAUUCCGGCUGGGCAAUUUUUCUUGUUAAGGCCUAAAACUUCACCUAAGGCCACUCUCGAGUGUUUGUACAACGAGGCGACACUGGCUAUUCGAGAAAGUGGAACCCACAGGUUUGAGCUUGUAGUUCGGAAGGAAAUUGACGAUACAGAGCUGGCUUCAGGUGAUGGAACAGAAGACUUUGAAGAUGACGGGUUAAGUGUGCUAUCAGGACAAUCUAAAAAGGACGAGGAAUGGAGCUUUAAUCUGGACAAGUCGAUACAAUUUCACAAAUCGUGGAGUGAUCAAGGCGACAUGGCGUUUGUCUGGAAAAACACAAAGGGUGAUGCUGGUGAGAAAUUUGAAUUCGUUGUCAACUCCGAGAUUCCAUUUACAGAUGUGGGGCAUUUCUUGCAUACAGCCUAUCUGUGCGAAUACGAAUAUAAAUACAAAAAGUCUGCUAGUAAAGCGGUCCGUGAAGAUCUGAAACAGUUUGAAUUCUCGCAUGGAACAGAUGAAGAAGCUCUAGAUGACGAAGAGGAAGACACUGAAAGCACGCAACUACAAGAAAACAUAGGUGCGCUUACAUUGAAAGACAAUUUAGAUAGCGAAAGCGAAUCAGACAGCGAAUUGUUUGAAGAUGCUUCAGAUGCACCAAAUUCUCCCAGAAGUACCCGUCAUUCCUUGGCCCAACAGAACAACGAACAACUAAAGAAAGAUGGCAAGAUCGUGUUCAAAGAGCAGGCUAGCCUUUACAUUUAUGACCCAAGCGUGCAGAAGUUCAUUUUACAGGAUGAAAUGUGUGAAGUUUGCAUUUUAAACUAUGGGAAGUUCGAUUAUUGGCUAGCGGUCGAUAGUAAAUGCGUCAACCUAGCCGUUGAUGUUACCCCUCUCGUGAACCCUUUCCUUGAUAAUGUUUCUAAGAGCUUCAUUUUCAACUACACUCUCGAGAAGAUAACUCUUUCUUACAUGCUCGAAUUUAAGACGGAUAAGGCAUUUGCGACUUUCCAACAGGACUGGGCAAGAACCCUGUGGGAAGGUCUCAACCAGAGAAAGUGGAGUGAUAUCAGUAACAAGGAACAAAACUGCAUUAUUGACUCCGAUAAAGAUGUUGUCAAGGAACUAAGUCUGUUUUUGCAAGACGACGACGAUGACGACGACAGUCGCAGUGACCACAGUGACUCUUCAGAAGACGAAGGGGACGACGCCGGGGAGGAUGGGGAUGCUAACGAUUCUUUUGAUGAAGACGCUGUUGAAGAAAACUAUAAAAAUUCCACUGCGCUUGCCGGUAACAAGUCACUAACGGUGUCAUUCAAAAAUGAUCGUUCUUAUGUUGUAAGGGGUAACAAAAUUGGAGUCUUUAAGACUGACGACGAAAACAAUGAACUAAAUUUUGUCACUGCGAUAAAUGAAAUCUCGAAUAUGAAGGGCCAAGUUUUUGAGCCGGAGAAUCCCAUGCUAUACACUGAAGACCAGGCGAUGAUUAUUCAAAACAAGAAUGAUCCGAGCCGAAUCUAUAAAUUGAACCUCGAACGAGGAAAGGUUGUUGAGGAAUAUUCCGCGGGUGACAAAGACGUUUUGAGGUAUUCGAAUUCCAAGAAAUUUGACCAGCUCACAAACGAACAAACGUUUUUGGGCAUUUCAAAGAAGAGUAUUUUCCGACUAGAUCCGAGAAUAAGUGGUGCAAACAAACUAGUCUCAGAAGAAAACAAAGAUUAUGCUACAAACUACGGUUUCAGUUCGUUGGGUACGAGUCAAGACGGCUACGUAGCUAUUGGGUCUGAAAGAGGUGAGAUUAGACUUUUCGACAAGUUAGGUAUACGGGCCAAAACUCUUAUUCCCGCACUCGGGGAACCUGUUAAGCAUAUUUGCAUUUCUGCUGACGGUAAGUGGUUAUUAGCUACCUGUGACUCCUCUUUGCUGCUGGUCGACUUAACAAUCAAGGAAGGUAAGAACGCUGGGAACGUUGGAUUCGUCAAGUCAUUCUCAAAAGAUGAAAUGCCCAAGAUUCAUGUGCUUAAGGUUCAUCCAAAAACUGCAGCUUACAUGAAGACCUCCACCAACCAACCAAUAAAAUUUUCUAAAGCUUUCUUCAAUACAGGUUUGAAUCAAAAGGAGCAGACCAUAGUAACUUCUACCGGUCCUUUUGCUAUAACUUGGUCUCUUAAGAAAGUACUGCGGGGUGAUAAAAUGUCCUACCUUAUCAAGAAGUACAAUUCCUUAAUCAUGGAAGACAACUUCAGGUAUGGUUCCGAUAGAAACGUAAUAUUAGCCCUCAAAGACAACGUUAAGAUGGCAAAGAAGAAUAAGUUCAAAAACCCCUCCGCGGAGAUGAAGCAGCAAAGCAAUUGGAAUGAUUUUCUGGACCUUUCAGAUAAAGCUGCGAAAAGACGAAGCUAG